UAUAUAUAUAUCGGUGUUGGGUCUACAAACAUUAAAUGGUUGUAAAGUUUCUGCUCUAAUCUUAUCGUAAAUCUUUCCUCACUUCUCAAAGAAGCAUGAAAGCAAUCUUCACACCGACAUGGACGCCCGUGUCUAUGCUUGAUUUUCUAUCUUUGUGUCUUUAAGAAAGAAUUAUUUUAGUAUAUUUUCUUUAUGUUAUUCUCUGUGGAAGUGAAGGCUUUCAUCAAUUUUAAUUAAGAGCGAUUAUUCUACUAUAUCUUUUUUUUUUUGUUUUAGGUGGGAAGGAUUUAGAUUGGAAUGCCAGAAUGGGUUAGACUGAACUAUUUUAUAUUAUUGCUACAUUAUUAUAUAUCAUAUAUUAAUAUUAUCAUCGCUACUCUAAGAUUCUUUUACUUCAUUUCAUAGUUUUGGAAAAAUAGAUGCUACUCUAUAGGACCAUUCUUUUAUAAAUCUGAAGUUUUGUGUGCAGUGAUUAAAAAAGUGACAUUUCCCGCCCCAUUCCAAAACAAACAUAUUCUAAAUUCUUCUAAGAAUAUUUUAGGGUUCAUAUUACAAAUAUUAAUCGCUAAUACUAUUAUUAUAUAAAUGCAGAAGGCGGAAAAUGUGACAAAGGAGAAAAAUAAGAGCGAAGCAACGAAUUUUAAAAUCACAGUAAGAAAAAUUAUAUAACAUAAAUGUAUGUGCAUUGAAUAACCAGACGAUAACCAGUCAAUAAUUAACAAUAACCAGAUGAUUAUUAGUAAUAACCAGACUAAUUAUUAAGUACCAGACGAUAAGUAUCAGUAAACCAGACGACACUUCAAAUGGAUUAUACACGGCACUUGGCAAGACCAGACGACUACAAAAAAACAUUAAUAUUUCAAGAAAACUGGAAAGCGGCGCAAAGGAGGUAGCAGAUAACAAAGAAGGAAGUGUCGGCUGUAUUUUGUCUUCCGCAGGAUUCUCUUUUGUAAACACACACAGACAGAGAGAGUGAGAGAGAGUUUGAGAGACUGAAUCGGUCACCAAAGCAAAUGCAAGCCACACAACACUGCAAUAUUAGUUAAUGUAUUUAUUAUCAUCACCACAGUCGUUAUUAUCAUUACUGUUAUCGUUGUCAUUAUAAACGUUAACAGAAUUAAUUAAAUGAUAAUAACAAGCAUGAUGAUAAAGAAUGUUAGUGAUUAAUUUGGGAUGGCAAACACAUGAAAUUUUGAUACGGGUUCCUCGUUGUUGCCAAAUAUUUAAACUCAAUGGCAUUGUAGUAGCUUGAGCAAGACACGUGUGCGUAUAUAUAUAUAUUAUAUAUAUAUAUAUAUAUAUAUAUAUAAUGAUGUGUAUCUAUAUGAUUGCUGUAUUGGAUUUAUAACGAUAUUAAUAUAAAUAACGAUACACACUGUACAGUUUUAAAAUGGUCAGCGAUAUUUGAUAAUAUAUUCCAACUGACGAUAAUAAUAAUAAUAAAUGAUAAUAAUAUAUUCUAAUAAACUGCCCGGUAUUUAAGAGUAAUUCAUUCGUGGUAUAUUUACAAACAAACAAAACACCCGAGGAAGGAUUAUGGCAGCAGAGAACAAGCGACCACCCGUCACUAUUAGCGAAUUGGUGCAGCUUAGAAACUUUGGAAUACCAGCCGACCAAGUGACCUGGUCACGUGUCACCAUGAUUUCUGAUCAGUGGAUUGCAGUACGGCAUGAUGGCCGAGACAGAAAAAUGUCCAAUGUCACUGUACUGAAUCCCCGAGAAGGUACAAAGAUAUAUGCUGGUUCUACAUUUGCAGAUUCUUUAAUAAUGAACCCAUCACACCCUCUCAUUGCUCUAAAAGCAAAUCUUCGUUUUGAAGUAUUUAAUGUCGGCAACAAAGUUUUGGUCAGUAAAACAGACAUGUUGGAACGAGUUAUUUUCUGGACUUGGGUGAACUCUGACAUCAUUGCUAUCAUAACAGACUCUACAGUCUACCACUGGGACCUCUGGCAAGGUGACUCUCCACCGGAAAAUGUCUUCCAACGGCAUGAUCGUUUGACCUUCAGUGAAAUCAUCAGCUACAAAGCUGAUCCUAGUUUAAAGUGGCUGGCCAUUACAGGACUCACACCAGAGGAGGACCGCAUCUCUGGAGUGACACAGUUGUAUAAUGUGGAUGAAGACAUCACACAAUGCAUCAACUCGCAUGCUGUGUGCUUCACACACUACAGGUUUGAUGAUAACCCUUUGCCAUCGACAGUGUUUUGUGUGGCUUCCAGGGAUACACAAGACAAGGGUAAAAUCCACAUAAUAGAGCUGGGACCUUACAAACAUGGCAAUUUUGCUCCUCGGAACAGUUACACAGAAAUUCAGUUUACAGAUGAUACAGAACGUUAUGACUUCCCCAUCUCCAUACAGGUCAGUGAAGAAUAUGGCCUUCUCUACAUGGUGACCAAAUAUGGUUACCUUUACCUGUGCGACAUGGAAACUGCAGCUUGUCUUUGUGUCACCAGAGUAUCAAUUGACAUCGUCUUCACUUCAACGCUCAACAGCAUCUCUCAAGGAAUUUUGGGGGUCACGCGGACAGGAAGGAUAUUAAGCGUUGACAUUAAGAAAGACCUUCUGAUUGCCCAAAUCCGAGAAAGUGCCAAGUGGGCAAACCAAGCAAACCGGCUGGAGCGUGUUAUGGCUGUGAAAGGACAAAAUAAAGAGGAAUCAAGCAAGAAAGAUCAGAUUCCUCACAAAAACAAAAACCACAAUAACAACAACAACUUGAGCUUCCAGGUUAAUAAUAAUACCAACACCAACCGCAGCACAACCACUAACAACACCACAACCACCACAACAACAACAAGAAGCAGUAUUGCUCCUAUUAGCAGUAGUAGUUGUAGUACUAGUUGUAGCAGUAGCAUGAUGAAGGAUUGUUCUAAGGUGCCCCUAUUAUUAUCACCGUCCAGUCUACCGACAAUUUGUUAUGAAGACAGUGACAGCCGAAGUAGCCACAGUCAGGAGGAGGUGAGUGAAAGUGAUUCAUAACAGACAGAGAAAAACAUAUGGAUGCAUCUAGAACUUAUCUCAGAUUUCCCUGUAAAGUUACAAGAACGUGACAUUGAUGCCAUGUCAUUGUAUGAGGCAAGAUUAAUUUGUCCAUAUGUAAAAAACCACUGAAGAGGAAUAUAGAUAUAGAUGAGACACAGUUGAUACUAUGUCGCUAAAAACAUAAGGCAGCUUUAAUCAGAACAGUCAAGAUUAAAAGAGGGAAAAAACAACAACCAAACAAACCAAAUGAACCAAAGAAA